UGAUCUACUCCCCCUUUACACCCGUUCUCCACUUGACAUCAUUCCGUCUCCCUCGAGUUCAAGUUGCUGCAUUUUCUCCUCAGUCCUCCUCGGCUUCCUCGUCAUUCUUCUCUUCCUCAAUUAUCCCGUCCCGUCCCGUCUCGUCUCGUCUCUUGACAUCGCCAUCACAAAGGAGCUGCUUCCCACUAGGAUUACCGCUGGCCCUCUAACGUGAACUGUUUCUUCGCCGUCACUGGGGUCCCUUCAAGCAGAAGGACAACGUGACGAGACAAACCUUCAACAUCAACGCCGACACGAACAUAACGUAGACAUCAAGAUGGCUUCAACAAACGGAAACGGGCCAGCCGAGGGGGAGAAGGUCAACACAAACAUCGUCACACUCACCCGGUUCCUCACCGAGGAGCAAGUAAAACACAAGGAAGCCACUGGAGACUUCACUCUACUCUGCCAUGCGCUCCAGUUCUCGUUCAAGUCGAUCGCCUACUACAUCCGGCGGGCUACGCUAGUCAACCUGACGGGCCUGGCGGGCUCGUCCAACACGACUGGCGACGAGCAGAAGAAGCUGGAUGUCAUCUCCAACGAACUCUUCAUCGAGGCGAUGCGGUCGAGCGGGAAGUGCGCGCUCCUCGUCUCGGAGGAGGAGGAGGACAUCAUCUACUUCAAGGACAGCACCAAUGCGCGGUACGCGGUGGCCUGCGACCCGAUCGACGGCAGCUCCAACCUGGACGCGGGCGUGUCGGUCGGCACCAUCUUUGGCAUCCACAAGCUGGCCGAGGGCUCCAAGGGCACCAAGGAGGAUAUCCUCAAGCCGGGCACGGAGCUGGUGGCGGCCGGCUUCACCAUGUACGGCGCCUCGGCGCAGCUCGUCAUCACCAUGAAGGGCGGCAGCGUCAACGGCUUCACGCUCGACAACGGCCUGGGCGAGUUCAUCCUGACGCACCCCAACAUGCGGCUGCCCAGGAGCCGCGCAAUCUACUCGGUCAACGAGGGCAACUCGCUCUACUGGGACGACAAGGUCAAGAGGUACUUCAACUCUCUCAAGGAGGCGCCCGACGGCGGCAAGCCCUAUAGCGCCCGCUACAUCGGCAGCAUGGUGGCCGACGCCUACCGCACCCUGUUGUACGGCGGCAUCUUUGCCUAUCCGGCCGACAAGAAGAGCCCCAAGGGCAAGCUUCGUAUCCUGUACGAGUGCGCGCCCAUGGCUAUGGUGUUUGAGAAUGCCGGCGGCCAAGCCGUAAACAGCAAGAUGGAGAGGAUGCUGGAAGUCGUGCCCCAGCACAUUCAUGACAAGUCGGGUCUUUUCAUGGGCAGCUAUGACGAGGUCGAGAAGGUCAAGGCGUUCCACAAGUGAGUUGGGGGUCUGGCUGGUUUUUUUUUUUUUUUUUUUUUUUU